AUGCUGUAUAAUGAAUUAAUACUACGUCUGUGUUGUAAUUGUUGGGAUUUUUCCUGCAAGAAAAGUUAAAGAUUUCCACGCUAGAACACACAUUUCGCUUUGUACUUGAAUAUUUAUGUAUAAAGUGAAAUAAAACUAGUCUCGAGGAGUGAGUUACAGAGAUUUUGGCUCACAUGAAUAACGUUAACGUUACCAUAACGCGCGAGACUCGCUCAAGCUGUAGCAUGAAACUACAAAGUAAAAGUAAAAGCAACCUGGACCCUUGAGAUACACGCAUGUUUGGUGAUGGAAGGAUGGCUGGUGGUGUUAGUUUGUGUGCUGUUCUCAAGGCAACCGUCUGAAGUUCAUGCAUUCACACGAAAGGCGCUGUUUUUGCACUGGAAGACAGUUUUUAAAUUUUCAGGGUCAUGUUAAAUCCCCUCGAUGACACUUGUGUGGACAUUAUGCAGCCUGUCCAUAAAAACAUUUAUAAAUGGUCAGCCAUGAGAGAUGACAUCAAUAUCAGUGUGGAGGUGCGGGUGGUAUAGAAGCUCAAGGUGGAAUAAAAGAGAGCGAUUAAUAGCCAGGUUAAUGGAGCGGAACAGAGGUGGUACCACUGCAGGGUUUCUGGUGUGGACACCAGCCCCAGCGUACUCCUCUCCCUCAAGCCCAGAUGAGUUGGACUUCAGCUGGGAUGAAGAACCGGAUGAGGACUUUCAAAGCCAGAUGAAUGAGAAUGGCAUCAUUGGUCUGGCAGAGAGUCAAGGGCAGCAGGAGGGAGAAGAGGAGGAGAUUGCAGAAGACCUGUUGUGGGAUGUGAAGACCCCUGAGCCUGAGCAUGGGCCACCGCCUGCACUAGAGGAGAUAAGCUGUCACCUGAGUGAGCUGCUGGACUCUGAGCCGCUCUCUCAGGCCACUGGAGAUGACUGCUGCUCUCCAUCUCUGCAGGAAGAACACAAAACAGAUGAUGACCGAAGUGUUUUGUUGGAGGAUUGGACUGAUGAUGAGGACGGUACAAGGAGCCCAACAAUUCACAGGCACAUAUUAAACCCUUUCCCACAGAGAGACACAGUGCUAGACAUGAUCGAUGAGGAAACAAAAGAGAAGGACACAUGUGAAGAUGCUCAGAGAUUCAUGGAUCAAACAUUACCUGUCACAAAAGAGAUGGCAUCUAUGUUUGAAAGGAUGAAGAGCUGUGAUUACAGUGAGAUCCCACAGCAUUUUGAGCAAAGUGAUUGUGAGGAAACUGAGGAAACCAAUGGACAGUUUCUUCCAGUCUCACAUCGCAUCUCUAGAAACACUUGUAAUCCCAUCAGGUUUCCCUAUUUGUCCUCCGGGGAACUGAUGAAUAACUGUGGGAUUGAAGCUGAAACAUUUCCAGCACAGUACCAGAGGAGUUACACUGCCCCCAGCAGGCCAGAGGACUAUAACAGGCUGCUUACCAAGUAUGCAGAAGCUGAAAAUACUAUUGAUCGACUUCGCCUUGAAGCAAAGGUGGGCCUCUGUUCUGAACCUCCAAAACCCAGUACAGCUAUCCUGUCAGGUGUUAUUCAGGAAGGGUCAAAGGUCAUAACCCUCAAUUUCCCUCAAGCACAGAGGGCAGAGUUCAACGCAGUCUCUGCUCAACUGGCCCAGCAAAAGGAUCACUCAGAAAACUCUAGAAAAACACCAAGUCGCCCUUCCUCUGUGAACUCGGUCCGCUCAAGGAGGUCUGGAUCUCUCACUGCAGACCAUCUAACAGAGACUCUGUCCAAACAGACUCAUAGAUUUCAGCUACAGGUUGAUGUUUUUGAGGCACUUAUAAAGAAUUGGAAACUCAAGCCUUGUGAACAGGGUCUCUCCACGCUGGCACAGGGGCAGGGGUCUCUUGAAAGGGCUUACUUAGAUGCACGAGGCCAGUAUCAGAUGCAGGAGCAGCAACAAGGCGCGCUUGUCACCUUUGACCCAGACAGGGACCUAGAAGGGCAGAUCUUCAGGUCAGGGAUGCGAUUGGAAGAGCUGAAGGAGUGGCUGGAGCAAGCAGAACAGAACAAACCCAUUUCUGAACCUCCUUCAGAUGUGCUUUCGUUGUCCAUUCUGGAGACCGAACCUCUGCCUGUAGUUUUUCAUGUUAGAGGGUUUUGGCAGGCAGCAGCAGAUUGUGUCCCUCCCUCCGGCCCAUCUGUCAGGUCACAGGUGUGUGACUCUAUGGAAACACACCCAGAGGCUCUUUGCCACUCCUCGGUCUUGCCAGGGCAACUGAGCAGGGAAAGGAAAGCAGCAGGAAACAGGAAAACUCAAAGCAGUAGCCUGACCAGCCUAGCAGAGAGAACAGAACCCAGAACUAUGGGCUUAAAAGCAAAGGCCAAGACUGUCAGAGCAUCUCCUCUGGAUGGGGUCAAGUCUCCAGAGACAGACAGUGGCUUCAUGGGCUCUGAGCUCAGUCAGCUCACUCCUGCUGUACACAGUCCUCUCCAGCAGAGGGCAGUGGUGAGUUCCAUCAGGCCGUCUGGCCCACACACAAAGAACAUAGAAAGACCAGAGUCUGCUCCUCCUUCUAGACAGCCUUUUGCGGUCUCCCCCUCUUGUUCACAACCCUCUUCAGAUACCCCAGGAGAACUCAUCAAGUCUGAAGGAUGCACAGGUCCUGUUAGGAGGAGAGGAGGGGAGGAAGGGGGUUCUUCUUCCAGCCUUUCUCCCUCAAUAUCCUCCAUUCAUUGGCCCAGUAGCGCCCUCCUGCCCUGGCCGAGCAGCCUGACCAGCCAAUCAGAGCACGGGAGUGAUCAGGGGGAUGAAAAAGCACAGGAUGGCCAAUAUCCACAUCCAGCCAACCAGCAGAUCCGCUCUCACAGAAGCCCUUCCCUCCAUGUGCCUUAUCACCACGGUGACCACCUCGAAGCCCAAAGUUCCGUUCAGCUAACAAAUCAGCAAGAGGCUCUUCAAUCUCUACAGCGAGAGGUGAAACGACUGAAGGAGAGACUAGAGGGAAAUCUGAGACUCUCCAAACCUGCCAGUCCUGUUAGAGUGGCCUCUUCUGCCACAGAAGAUGCCAGGGAUCAGGCAUCCCCACGGACCGCAAGGUCUUCAGACAGGAGAAGGCGGCAGACAGAGAGAGUGAGAAAUGGAGAACAAGAGAGAGGAAACUCAACAAGACGCACUCUGAAGCAAAAAUCUGUGUCUUUACCUCAACAUCGGCCUCAAACUGAUCUGACAACUGAUUCUGAGCUUGUCCAGUCUGAGCCACGACCAUCAACAUUCAGACAUGUCCUGGUGUCCCCAGUGACAUCAAGAGGAAGAAGAGAAACCAGAGGAUGUGUACAUCACAAAGAGGACAGUACCUCAGGCAUAUCCAACAACAGUGAUGAAACCGAAUCAAGCCGAGGGCCAGAACCUGCCUGCCCACAUUGCAUAUCAGACCGCACUGGUACUUUGACACGUCCAGUGAGGAGUAGGAGCUCUCCACAUCUCACACAGCCUUCCUGCAACCAUUGCCCAUUGUGUGGUGCAUAACAAGCCAAUCAAAGACCCUCUCAACCAGCCAACCAGAUGCCAGCCUCGACCCCCAGAGGGAGUCAGCCAAUGAGAUCCUUACAGAGGGACAAAGGAGGUGUAAAUGUGACUCCUCCCCCCACAGUCCUGGGAGGUGUUCCAGUUGUCCCAUAUGUUCCUGUCUGUCCUUCAGCUCUAGGUCAUCACAGACGCUCUCUCUCUUUGGGCCAUCAGCAGAACUCUCUAAACAGCUCUCUGACCCGCGCCAUCACGGCAGCUAGAAACAUGAGAGAGGGCUCACAUCGCAUGGCUCACUCUCUGGCCUCAGGACUACACAGCACUAGCUUCCUCACCACAUCCUGCACCUACUGACACCAGAGUUUGCAUUUGUUCUUUUAGCAGAUGCUUUUAUCCAAAGUGACUUUAAAUGAGGAAUUAUAUUUUACUACUGCUGAGCUGUGAAGAAAUUCACAUUUGCGCAUUAUUAUUAGUUUACAAAAACAACUCAUUUACUCAUAGUGAUGUGACUGAUGCAGACAUGCAACACUUCAGCGGAAAAUGAUGCAAAGUGUUAAACCAUAAUUUGUGUUGUUUUUGUUUACCUAGAAUUUCCAAACUGCAAAACCUUUUUAAUGUAAAUGCCUGUGUGACAGUUUUUCUAUCCCACAGUCAGAAAAAGCUGUUUGUUUGAGUGGUGUGUAUACAGUCCAGCAUACUUAGAGUCCCAAGAGUUUGUAGCAGCAUUGAGGUCAGUGUGAAAAGACCAGCGUGCAUAACAAUAAUAGGAUAGUUAUUAGCAUACCU